GGCGUGGUCUGAGCAGACUCGGGCCUGCCUUUUGCCUCUCCAAAACGCAGCGUCGCGUCUCGGGGGAGGAGUCUCUACCCUCGUGAUGUCCCCGCCCGGGUUCCCAGGCAAGUUUAGGGAAAUAAAAGGUGCCAGGUGCCAGUCCUGGCUUCUGUUGCAACCCAUCGCCCCGCAGCCCCGACACAGAUUCCUGGAUCUCAGCCCCAUAGCAGCGAUGAUCCCGCUGCUGCUGGCCGCGCUGCUGUGCGUCCCCGCCGGGGCCCUGACCUGCUACGGGGACUCUGGGCAUCCUGUAGACUGGUUCGUGGUCUACAAGCUGCCAGCUCUUAGAGGGUCCGGGGAGGCGGCGCAGAGAGGGCUGCAGUACAAGUAUCUGGACGAGAGCUCCGGAGGCUGGCGGGACGGCAGGGGACUCAUCGACAGCCCGGAGGGGGCCGUGGGCCGAAGCCUACAGCCGCUGUACCGGAGCAACAGCAGCCAGCUCGCCUUCCUGCUCUAUAAUGACCAACCGCCUCAAGCCAGCAAGGCUCACGACUCUUCCAAACGUGGGCACACGAAGGGUGUCCUGCUCCUCGACCACGACGGAGGCUUCUGGCUGGUCCACAGCGUACCUGACUUCCCUCCACUGGCCUCCUCUGCUACAUACAGCUGGCCUCAUAGCGCCCGUACCUACGGGCAGACCCUGCUCUGUGUGUCUUUUCCCUUCACUCAGUUCUCGAAGAUUGGCAAGCAGCUGACCUACACCUACCCCCAGGUUUAUGACCACCACCUGGAAGGGAUCUUUGCCCAGGAAUUCCCCGACUUGGAGAAUGUGAUCCAGGGCUACCACGUUAGCCAAGAACCCUGGAACAGCAGCGUCACACUCACAUCCCAGGCCGGGGCUGUUUUCCAGAGCUUUGCCAAGUUUAGCAAAUUUGGAGAUGACCUGUACUCUGGCUGGUUGGCGGCAGCCCUUGGUACCAACCUGCAGGUCCAGUUCUGGCACAAAACUGUAGGCGUCCUGCCCUCUAACUGCUCGGAUAUCUGGCAGGUUCUGAAUGUGAACCAGAUAGCUUUCCCUGGACCGGGUGGCCCAAGCUUCAACAGCACAGAGGACCACUCCAAAUGGUGCGUGUCCCCAAAAGGGCCCUGGACGUGCGUGGGUGACAUGAAUCGGAACCAGGGAGAGGAGCAACGGGGUGGGGGCACGCUGUGUGCCCAGCUGCCAGCCCUCUGGAAGGCCUUCCAGCCGCUGGUGAAGAACUACCAGCCCUGUAAUGGCAUGGCCAGGAAGCCCAGCAGACAUUAUAAGAUCUAACCCUCACGGCCAGGUGCAGGGGCUCAUGUAUGUAAUCCCAGCACUUUGGGAAGCCAAGGAGGGAGGAUUACUUGAACUCAGGAAUUUGAGACCAGCCUGGGCAACACAGUGAGACUGCAGCUCUGCUAGAACUUAAAAAAAAGUUAGUUGGGCAUGGUGAUAAACGCCUGUAGUCCCAGCUACUGAAGCCAGAGGAACGAUUGAACCAGGGAGAUCAUGGUCACAGUGAACUAUGAUUACUCCAACCUCGGUCACCCUGUUUAAAAAAAAAAAAAAAAGGUAGGGGGGUGGGCGCAGUGGUUCACAUCUGUAACUCCAGCAUUUUGGGAGGCUGAGAUGGGUGGAUCACUUGAGGUCAGGAGUUCAAGACCAGCCUGGCCAACAUGGUGAAACUCCAUAUCCAUUAAAAAUAUUUAAAAAUUA